ACGGCAUCCUCCGUGAGUCUGCUGCUGUUUGGCAGGAAUAUGCGACUUGCACGAGGUAGGGCGGGUUGCCGCUGCUCCGACAUCCAGUGCCGAGCCAACUGUGUGGAAAAGCAGCCGGACAACUUUAAUGUCUGCCCUCCAGAUGUGUGUGGUGAUGGAGGCUGGCGCUGGCCGGGCGCGGGGUGAUGAAUAAUGAAUCGCUGCUCUCCUCGAGGAGCGGGCUUGGCCAGCAGCGUGGCUGCGGGAGGUGGGGAAUGGGGCCCAGGGCUCGUAGCCGGGUCUGCAGUGCUUUGAGCCCAGCGAGCAGCUUUGGGGUGAAGCUCUGCGAGGGCUGGAAGUGCUGGAGGUGUCCCUUGGCUCCUGGCAUCCUGCUCUCCUUCUGUCAGCGUCUCCCUUUGGAGCUGGAAACAUGGAUCCCAGAUUUGGCUUAAUGGGGAGAAGGGUCUGCCUAAAAGGAUGCUUCUUAUUUGGAUGGGAGCUUCUCUUCUAAUUCAAUGCGCGCUUUAGAAUGUCGCCCUAAUUUAGGGCCCAGUUUGAAACAACUGUGUUUUCUGCCAGUGCCCUGAUGUGAGCAGCACAUGGUGACAGCAGGCACCGUGGCGGGGUGACACGGUUACCUGUUGCACAGGGAUGCCACACCUUGGUAGUGACAUUGCACCCGUGAGACAGUGGCCCUCAAGUUGUGACCCAGACGUGUUCUUCUUUUCCACAGUUUCUGUGGCUUUGGUUCUUUGUGCUUGUAAACACUCCGGAGGACGGGAUCUGAGCUCAAAAUGCUGUUUGCAAACUGGAGAUGCUGUUCUGAUAUCUGCUGGAGAUGGUCCUGGAAAGGGAGAGCCAGGUGCAGAGCUGGAGCAUGGAGGAGUGACAGUGCAGUGAGGGAUCUGGGGAUUAAGAUGGAUCACGGACUGAAUAUGCGUCAUCAGCAGGAGGCCUUUGUGGUAGAAAAUCCAAAAACAGAACCCAAGCCUUCACUUCACUGGGGAUGCAUUAGCCGGAGCAUUGCAAGCAUGCAAUUUAAUUAGUCUCUCCAGCUCAGUAAUGAUGAAACCAGGCUGAUGGGUUUAGUUUGGAGCGUUGCGCUGCCAGAAGGCUGCAGAAGUGGGGAUGUUCUGUAGGACGCCAUGGUGAUCAGUGCAAAAAAGAUUUGCAGAAGCAAAGUAGUUGGGCUGUGAAAGAACCGAGCGAGGGAGGGGAGAUGAGCUUUGUGAAGCCUAGAAAAGAAAGCUGUGUUCUUGGAAGAUCACCAGUUGUCACUUACCUGUGGCAAGGAGAACUUCACGUUUGGGUAUUAGAAAACAUUGUUUAAGUAGGAAGAAAAAUGAAGUGAGGGAGCAGAAUAAAAAGGUGAGGAAUCACAUCCAUUGAAGGCCUUCAGGAGGGCUGAUGCGUCUCCUGAGUGACACAGAGCUGAUUCCCUCCUGGAAGGACGUUUUCUUGAGAUGCCACCCAACCCUUAAUCUCCCUCCAGCAGCCAUAAGAAUUAAAAAUAAUCAUCACUUUUGUAAGAAGUACAAACUUUUUUCUUAAUUUCUCUCUGUACGACUGAGGAAACUUUGAAAUGCGUUUGUCCCACGGAACUGUAAUUUUCAAUGAAAGAAGUCACAUACCUCAUUUUCCUGUUUAAUUUGAGAGCUAGGAAAAAGAGUGCUGCCUUCUUGCUCCUUAUUUCCUAAUGCAAAUUCCAGAUCCUAGCAUCUCUUUAUAUCUUGCUCUUGCAGAUUGACUGGAGUUGGACUUAAAAGGGGUAAGAAUGAGUGCUAUAAUGGAGAAUUAUAUAGAGGUCAGAGAUGUAAUUAAACAGUAUCGGAAGUUAUCUUCCAUAAACACAGUGCUGUAAUACUGCCUUAGGAAUCCUCAGAGGGUUCUUGCAAGUGCUUUGCUGUGACUCUUAAGAGCUGCGUUGAGGUACAGGAAGCACUAUGUCAAUUAAAAUGGCCCUUGAAGUGUUAUUUUCCAUUGGCGUCCAAGGUGCUGGAGAAUGUCAGCUCUGUUAAAGUGCACAAGUGCACUUACACUGAAAAAUGACAAGAGCUCACCUCCGCUAGGAUCAGUAGAUUGUCUCCUCAUGUGUAUUCAGGAUCACAUCUGCUUACUUCAGUGACAGAAGCAAUUUAGCACCGCAGAGCCACUUGGCUCUGGAAGUAAUAAUUGAGAAAGAACCUAGUCUGAAUUCCCCAAAGCCAAUUGUGUCUGGCUCCGAAGUAAGCAGUUCUUUAAGCUUUCUCUUCACCUCUGAUGUUUCUCUGCCCGUAAAAUGGCCAUGACAGCUGGUGAGUGAGAUAACGAGCUGCUCAGUGUAUCUGAACAUCUCCAGGAACCCCGAGUGUUGUGCCUCUUGGUUUGAGCCUGGUGGUGUAUUUCAGGUCAGCAUCAGCCUUACUCAUACUCUGCCCUUUCAGCCCUUGCCAGGGUGACAGCCUCCUGUUCACCUGUUCUCCAUCCCUCUUGUGGCAUGCUGUUCUUUAGAUGCAGGUUGAGAGGCUUGAAUCACUCAGGUUGACUUUUUCCAGUGUAAGAGCACACAGUGAGGUAGGUGUGCAGCAAGGGGCCUGUCUGCCUUCCCUCACCUUGGGAUUUCCACUGCAGGUUGCUUUGUGCUGCUGCUGUUACCCCACACUGUGUGUUCAGUGCUACCUGCUUCUGUCAGGGGUCAGUUGUGUGGGAUUACAUCUUCCCUGGCUGCUGUGCUUUGGCUGCGAUUUCUUAUUUCCCUUCCUAAAGAUUACCUCACCGGAGAAAGCCUCACACUUGGUGUGAGUACAGCAUUGGCUUCACUCCUGGGCAGUGCAAAAAUAGGGAAUUCUGUUGUAACUCUCGCAACUGUGUGUUUUUUAUCUGAGUAUUUUGCAGUGUGUUAAGCAGCUCUCAGUACGCUGUGUUGCACUUGUCUACAGUACGUUGUGGGUAACGAUUCCACGGUGCUCACUGCUCAGCAGUUGUGUCAAGAGAUAACAAAUCACAGAAAGAGUAAUGCAGAUGAGCAGUCACUGUCUUGCCCAGGUUCAGCACCCAAAAAGCAGAUCUUUCGUUUCCUAAAACCUUGCGCUUAUCUUACAGUGAAAAACUGAUGCAGCAAAUAAAUGUUAUGCUCCACUCCCCCUCACAUGUUGCUGAGUGGUGUAUGAGAUGUGCAGGUGUGCAGCUUCCUGCUCCCCGCUGUGCAGCACCUAACAGUGGCACUGUUAGCCCUCAGCUUAGCUCCUGACCUGCCGCUUUCUGCAUGAGGUCGGGCAGCCUUGGCAAGGAACCCUGCCGCACUCCUCAGCCAAAAGGAGAAAAUGGGCUUCUGCAGUGUGUGACACGCCGAGAAGGGCAUAUGUUUCCUGUGUGGUUUUGGGAAGGGCCUCUCAGAUUUUGGCAUGUGUGCUGGGGACAAAGAAUCGCAGCACGCUGACGUUUCCUGCCUGGCUGUGACAGGGAGGGAAGGGUUUCUCCUUGCUUUCAGAGCUGCAUUGCUUCCUCAGUGCCUGCUGUGUGGGUGCCUGUAUUCCCCAGGGCAGGACAAGCCAGCCGUGCCUUUGGGUGCGCAUGGUCUCUUGCACUGCUUGGGCAGUGAGCGGUGGUUAUCAGCCUCCCGCAGCCGCUGCCGUGGAGCAAAGCACAUCAGUACAUUCACUGCACCUGGGUGUGCUCCGAGCCCGUAUUUGCUUCUUACAUUCUUCACUGCUUGAAAUACCAGUGUUUCUAUUUUACAGCGUUUUUAGAUAAAAACAUUAAUUUUCCAUCUCACAAAACCGUUGACAGCUCUCUGUCAAGGCCAGCCUCAAUUACAGCUCUCCACGGUGACAGCCGUGGUUGUGUGUGUCACAGCAUCUCCUACCUGUCCCCUGGCAGCGUGCACAUCCCAGCCCUGCGUGUCAGGUGCCAGUAUUCCCCUGCUCCAUAGCAGUAUGAGCAGCAGGCAGGCAGCUGUGUGCACCCAAGUCCUGUCUCUGCGGUGUCUCUCCCAUGUCCGGAGUGCCAGAAGCUGUCAGCAGGGGCUCCAACAAUCAUUGGAGCCCAUGUAAUUGUUCAGACCCCAGCCCGCCCAGUCCACCAGUGAGAGCCAUAAGCAGGGAAUCAGCAAGGCAGCUUUUGUUUCCUGUAACAGAGCGCUGGUAAGCGAGCUGAUGUGUUUAUUGAAGGUAUUUAAGUGCGCUGUUGCAGAGCUUGGGAGUUGAAAGAGGAUUUGGAUCUGCCUGCCAGACAGCUUCUCUUGGUCUCUCCGUGCUAUGGAGGCAGCUGCAGACCUGGGUGCUCUGUAGAGUUGUGUCCAUUGCGACUUCCAAAACGUUUCUUGGUUUCAUGGGUUUCCUUGGCAGUGGUUUUGAUGGCCCUGAGACGUUUUGCCACGUCCAAGAAGGAGCAAAGAGGCAAUAGGAUAACAGUGCCUGAUGUAUGUCAGCAGAUACAAAGAGCACAGUAAUGCAAUUUGAUAGAGCAAAUUCUCAGCUACAAAAAAAUAUAUUUUUCAACACAGUCACCACUGCAUCCUGAGGACUGCUUUGUUGGAUAAAUGUGGAAAAAGAGCUGUAACUGCUUGUGUUUUAAUUUCUGAGACUGUAUUUGGGGUAGCUCGUACUCUUGUCUUAGUGGAAAUCCCUGCGUCGGGGUGGAGUGGUUAGGCUAGAAACUCUGGGGCUGGGUGUUCUCUGCAAAAUGCCUUGCUUUGGUGGGAGAACGAUUACAAAUCCGAGAGGAAAUAAGCAUUUUUCUGUCGUGUUUGCUGAGAGAAGGAUUUAAACAUUCAUCCAGUUUAAGUCUGUGGAUCUGGACAAAAUGCUUGUGCGUGAGCAAGGCAUUAGGCUGAGCACCAGGCUACGCUCGCCCAAAGGUGGAUUGUCAGCUGGUAAUGGAAAACACUUUUAAUGAGGAUUUGCUGCCUGUGGCUGUGCAAGAUCUUCUCUUCACCUGUAUUUGAAAGAACCUAUGAUACUCUUGCUUCAUUUCACUAAACUGUACACAACGAAGGAAAGAAUGUCAGCUUAAAAUACUCUGACGUGUAACUCUAGGGGUAAACAGCUACCUGCAGUUGUAUGGGCUCACCUUUCUGGGCUUGAAUUGCGUUCCGUUGCUCUGGCUUUAGUUAUAAUCCCCAAAUCAUGGUUUGAAUAGACUGUUAAUGCUGUGUCUUGGAAAGAGAACACAGAUGUGUAGAUUUCAUCAAGCCCUGUAGAAACACCAGUGCCUUUGAAGGAAUCUACUGCCAUUCAUUCUUUAUUCCUUGCUCUAGUGCAGAGCUAUGUCUAGAGGCAUGCCUGUUCCUUCCUUAUUAACAAAAACACCUAGCAGGAACAGACCACAAGAAAAGCUUUGAAUUUAAGUUACUUGCUCUGAGCACAUCUUGCAGGGCUCAUUCUUCAGUGCCUCACAGAGGACUGAAUACGAAUCACUGCAUUUCUUUCUCCAGAAGCCCUGAGAGAAAGGAGCCUUGUAUCCCUGCACACUUUCCCCCAGUCAGGACCUCCUGCUUUGCCCUCCAUGACAACGAAGCUGUGUUUCAUAAUGCAUCCAUCCAAGCGUGGUUCACCAAAAACGAUGCCUGAGAGCCUCUGAGAGCUGUGGAUAAAUGGCAGCUCUCUGCUGUAACGUGCAAAGGGUUAAGUUGCUGCUUGCAUGAAGCCUGCUGAGGACCAGCCUGAAACCAGGGGGCGGUGGCUGUUGUGUAGCAUAAGCAAGUACCUCAAAGUGGAAGGUUUAUCAUCACUGUGUCCCAUCAGCUGGCGUGGCUGUGAACUCAGGGUGUUCCCAGGAGGGCUGGUGAGGAAGGCUGAGCCUCUGCUUCUGCUCUUGGGUCUUUGUUCCGGGAAAAGGCCGCAAGCACUUUUUUCACUGCGGAGUAACAGCUCAGAGAUGAAAUGUGUGUGGGUUGCAGUGUCCCUGCAAAUGCAUGGCUUCCUUCCUGAACUCUGCCAGCGAGGAAAUCGAUUUUCCUGCUUGAUUCUGAAGCGUAUUUACUUCAAGUGCCCAAAUGCAAAAAGUGUUAUCACUCCUGUGCCUUCUGACUUUGCUCUCCUACUCUUCUUGUCUUUGCUCUCCUGGGUACUGAUGGAUGUCUUCUCGUGCCUUCACUGCAGCCCAUGGUCAUAUCCUUGCACUGCCCUAUUACAAAUUGAGUCACGAGGUUGUCACCUUCCUGCUUCGCACCCUGCGGGUCUGACUGUGUGCCUGGGUUUGCUGGGAGCACUGAGGAGAGCUUCAGGUGCCUGGCAUAGGGCCUCGAGUUCCCUGGCACAAGACAAGCACGUUUUGUCACUGCUCACGUUGUUGGAGCCAGCACAGAAUGGACAUCUUGAGGUGUUUUAUGUAAUGCCUCUCAGUUUACCUGAAGCUGCCUUGCACUUGUGAGUCACUUCAAGCUUUGUUAACGGAGUUCUGCACGUUGGUAGGUCUAUACCAGGAUCUGUUGUUUCUGUGAAGGACAAAGGAAUGAAGUGCUUUACUCACAAAUAUUCUAAAAUGUUCCCAAGCGGUGGUUGUGGCAGCGUGGGCUUGGCUGUUGGUGGAUGGCAUAAGCCUGUAGUGAUGUAAGGAGCUGAUGGACAGUAGAUUGGUUUCCAUCUAGCCUCAUUUUGUCUGCAUAUGUUUUAUAUGCAUUAAUGUGUUGUGGUUUUUAUUCCAGCACCUCCGUGGAUUAUCUGUCCUUAAGAUACAAAACGUGCUUUCAUGAUGACUGAUUGUUCCAAUAAGCAGUUUUUAUAUAGUGACUGAUCACGGAAUUUAGGAAGUGCAGUUGGUGCAGUUUAGAGAUGUUUUUGCCAAUAGUUUGGUAUAUUCACGUAGUUGGAAGUCAGAGACCUACUGGGAAAGUGAAAUCUGAUUGCUUGGCAACUACACCUUGUUUUUAAUAUACUCAUACUUUAAUUUAGGCAAUGUAACAGUUGGAAUUUAUAUAUAACCUAUGUUGUAAAACACUUUUAACAAGAGCUUACGUUUGUGUUCCUGUUCUCACUGAUGGCUGCGGAGCUUGAGAGCCCACAUGCAUGCUGCCAGAGCUGCUGCUUUACCUGGGCGCCCACACCCAACCCUGAAACAUUUCCCUUCUGUGCCCAGUCAGCAUACCCUGCUGUCUUCCCUCCUUCUGCUUCACACAGCACACCUUUCAGCUGCUUCAUUCUUCUUCUUGUGUGGCACGGUGUGGAUUUCAGUGCCUUUGCUGAUUCAGAGCUGUGUUUCUUGCAGCCUUCCCACAGUCCACUGGCACGAGGCUGUUAGUAGCUGGGGCAGACAAAAGAAGGCACCUUGUUCUCUGCUCCUCCUGCCGUCAGCGUUCCCAGCUGGUGCUUGCUGUGGGAUCUCCCUUUGGUGUGAAGCUCAGAGUGAUGCUCUCACCCCUCCGCCAGCAUUCCCUUACCAUGCUGCAGCAGUGAGUGCUGAGCUUGCUCCCACCCAGCUGCUCUGAGCCCUUCUGCAGCAGCACUGUGUGACGUGGUGGCACUCAUCCUCUUCCUCCUCUGGAGUCACUUGGGUUUUCGUAUUUUCUUGUAGAGCAUUGCUGGAUCCCAGGCUCCUCUGAGGAGGGCUGACACCAACACCUGCGUGCAUCAGCUCUGAGUGGUGACCUAUUUUGGGUGUGUGCAGGAAGAGCAGUCCUUCAGAUUCUCCAGAAUGGGUUUUGUAGAGCUUUGUAAUAGAAAUACGACGAUGAGAUUGAAUGAAAUAUGAGUGGAAACACGUCUAGAUAAGCACUAGAAGAAACAACAGAAUAAGGUUAGAAGGAUGGCCUAUACUGGUGAUAAGGACACUUUUCCCAUCAAUGAAAAUGAAGAAUGUUUGUCAGGCUCAGAUCCGCAAAGCCCCAGCACAGAUGAUGUGUCAGCAGGAGACCCUGUGGUCUGACGACAGGAAGGCGGUGGCACCAGUGCCACACAUCACAUAUGCCAUUGUUUCUCCUGUCAGCCCACCAGGAAAGUGGAAUGUAGCCAUCAAGAUGCAGCUAUUCCAAACUAUGAAAGCAGCCCCCUGCCUCGGCCAUCCCUCCUAUGGGUGCGGAGUGCAGGUCUUGCGUGGUCCUUUGGAGAGAACUUGCCCUUCAAGGACCAUUGAGCUGUUCUGCUUGUUUAAGAUUUGCAGGAAAACAUUGCCAUCUCAUAGAGGCGCCCAUGGGAGCACCAUCUGCAGACUGUGCCGUGCACCUGGAAGGCAGUAGCUUGUCUGCACUGCCUGUAUUUCUCUGCAGCAGGAAAUGCCUUCGUUCUUUGGAGGUAGCGUUUGAAGCUGAGCUGUGGUUAUCCUUCUCUGUUACCAUAUCAGCACACCGUCUGCAUGAAAAUGAUGGGAUGCUGAAUCUUGAGCAGAUGGUACACAGGGAUGGUUUUGUAAAAUAAACAUGUAACACUAAGCCAUUUCUUGCUAUUUUCUGUACUGAAUUUAACAAAUAUCGAGCAUCAGUUGGGGGAUAGAAUUUCUCAGAGACGUGCAAAAAGAGGCUGCUCCUCUUUGCAGGGCGGCUUUGCAAAGGCUUGUUGGAUGUUGGGUUCAGAGCUCAGAUAGUGAUGGCCGCUGCACAGCUGCUAUCCUCGUGGGGAUACGGCUCCUUUAAGAGGGCUUACGGCUGCCUGAAACAUUUCUAAAUCCAGUGUUGCUAUUUCUUUAAGUCUGGUAAAUCCAUGCAAGAAAUGAAGGAGCAGUAAUGCUAGAAGGAAGCUCCAGGCUCUGUUUGCAUUGAAGAGUUAACCUGCUAUUGAGUGAAAGUGUGAAGAGAACCCUGAAACGCUCGCAGCAUGUAAAACCAUGAUCCUUUUUUUGUAUUUAAAACAAAUCAAGACAAAAGGGCAUCAAAAUACACAUUACGAGGAAGAAAAAAACCUUCUCAUUUUUCCCCUUCCUUGGAUUUCUGUGAAAAGCUUACAGCUCAUCAAGUCAAGGGCUGUCACAGCUGUCUCUCACCAUACAGCAAUCAGAAGGAACACCUCUCCUUCAUGUGAGAAGGGAAUUGGCAACUGUACAGAAUCACUGCUGGGGAGCUACUGUGAAGCAGCAGCGCUAGGCUGGUUCUUUUCUGUGCCUGGGUGAGGUUGGGAAUGGGACAGAUUACACAGUGCUGUGGUGCAGAUGUGAGAAGGGGCUGCUUGCUCCUGGUGGUGCAUCCUACUGCCUGACCUCCAGGUUUGGGGUAAGAGGAGUGCCUUUGCAGAGCUGGCCCCUAUGCCUUGUGAUCCCCCACUGUACCUUCCAUCUGGAAGUGCUGGAAACGCUGUGUGCUCUGCCUUCUCCCCAUUAGAAAUCUAUUUGAACAAUCUCUCUGCUUUCUCAGUUUGCUUGGAAAAAGUGCAGAGCAGAAGUAUCACUUUUGUUCCAGCAUUCCGUACCUUUACAUAUGAGGAUCUUUCAACGCUGACAAGCAUUUUAGUUACGCUUCAUUGCAGCCCCCAAUAGCACAGUUCAGCUCUGCUUGGGCUUGUACGAUAGGUCUGACAGUGCCUCACUGUCCUGAAAUAAUUUUCUCCUCUCCUGGUGGCUCGUUCCAUGUCUCACACUCCCAACGCACUCCUCUGUUCUGUGAGGUACAACCCACCAGCUGUUCAUCUAAUAGAAAGAAAUGGAAACUGGGUUAGCAGUGUUUUUUCAUGCGACAUCUGUAAACAUACUCUAGGUUUUCCCUUCCAUUUGUUCUCAUCUCUCUGAAAAAGCUAUUAACUGUGCUCUAAGCAAAGUGUAAUUUGGAACUAUUACACUUUGGUGAAUGUUUAUGGUGAGGCUGAUCACGGCUUGCAGAGGUUUUUUUGUCCCAAGCUGUGCAUGUAAGUAGACAGGGAAGGAAGGAGGGAGGCAAUCAGUGUCCCUGUGGCAGCUGCAGGGCUGGGAAGCAGUGUUCCAUCUCAAUUCUCCAUCUUUUGCUAAGAGAAAGGCCAGUAUCUGAAAGGCUGAUCUCCAGGGCUUUCCCCGCGUGCAGGGGUGUGAGCUCUCCUUGCACUAACACUGAAAUCCUCCACUCCAGCUUCUCCUGUGACACUUGCCUUUGGAAUGCCUGCUUGCCCUUCAUGCCUUCAGAGCUGUGUGGUAUGCAACAAGAAUCUCAUACACUGAUGUUCUUUGUAGCAGGGCUGACUUCUCUCCCACAUCAGCUGAUGUCUUUGGCGAGGCCCAGCCUAGCACCAGCAGAGCCCUGUGUUGCAGAAGCAGGACUCCCUGCUGCCUUUGCAACCGAACAUUGCUGGGACCAUUAUGAGGAUGUAGAGCCAAGCAGAACCAUGCACACAUCCCAAGGCACUGAGAUGUCUGUGAGCAGAGUCCGUUUUCCUCCAGCAGACCUCAGCUAGGUGUCUUAGUGCUCAGCCGGCUCCAAGGCAUGGCAGCAGGUCCUGAGCUGCACUGGUUAACCUGAGCCAGUUUUUCAUUAGUUAAGUCAUAUACAGAUGGUAGGUCCUCAUUAGCCCUGUGGGUUUUUGGAGAGUAGGUGAGCUGGCAGAUUGAGGGGGGAGGGAAACGUAGACAUCUUUGCCCAGGCAGCUGCAAAAGAAGGCACACAUAUGAAAAAAGCUUGUGUGUAUUGGUUAAAAGAUGGUUAAAAACAAACGUUUGCUAUGCAGUAUGUACUGCUGGCUUAGAUGCCUAUGGUCCAGAACCACCUUUGGUCAUCUUUCUGAAUUGCAAUGCACCCGUUGUUGUUUAUUAAGAAAAAUCCUUAGAGGUGUCAUUUUGAGAGGGUGACAACGGUGGCUUUAUGAGAAACCUCACUGCUCAAAGGUGGAUUUCCUUAAUUUUUCUUUUCGCAUGCCAGGCAUGUUAGUGUCGGGGGGAAACAAGAACGCUGGGACAAAGGGAAGGGGGGAAUAAAAUAUUUAAGCAGCACCUCUGCUUAUUUCAUGGUUAAGUUAUUUUGUAUUAGCCACGGAAAUUACUGCUGCGUCUGUUCAGUGAUGAUGCAUGCAGACUGCUCAAUUAGCAAAAAAUCAGAGGGAGAUGACCUCAUGGCUUACUUCUACGGGCCCUUAUUUAUUUUUCACAUGCAGGAGACACCAUAAUCCACCCUCCAACCAAUCUACCACAUAGCUCUGGGAAUUGAUGCUGCAAAGAGACUUUAUGUAUAUAAUUUUUAUGGAAGCAGGCCUACUUUCUGGGGAUAUAAUGUUUCCCAAGUGGUAUGGGUUUGCUUGAGCUUUAUCCCUUGUAGCAGAGCCUUCAGCUCCACAGAGCCUGUGCUGGAGGUCAGCAAGGAGGGAGGGGAGCACUGCCCAGGACUUACCUCCUUGGCCAUGCCUGGAGCAGUUGCUUUGCAGUUGACUGGGCUUUUGUGUCUUAAUUCUCCAGUGGAUUUGGUUUUUAGGCUUCCACAGCAGUUGAAUAAUUAAGAAAUGGAAAAACAAUCGUUCUUUUUAGUUGUGCACGGGCUGCUGUCACUGUGCAAUUAGCAUUAGGCCAAGAGGUGAAGUGUUUGUGCAGAGUAAUGCAGCGUGAGCACGGAGCAGCAGAAAGCACAAGCAGUGGCAAUGGCACAAGCUUUCAGUGGUGGCAAACAGGUAUGCUGUGUGCCUGCCAUGUGCUUCGUUAUAGUGGUCAUUAACACAUGGCUGUCACAGUUGAUUGAGACUCACCACAAAAACAGUUCUGGCAGAGCCUGGCUUCAUGCACAUCAUGUUCUGCACUCAGGACCCAAACCAGGUGUUGCUUCCCCAUAGCACUGUGCUGUGUUGGUAGAACUGCAGCAUUCACUCGGUAGCAGAUAGUACAGCACUGAAGGUCUUCCCAAAUUUCUCACUAAGCUUUGAUAUUUAGGGGUUUUUUUGGACAAAACCCAACAUGUUCAGCACACGCAGUAAUUUUCCUUCACCAAAAUACCAUCUUCCGUGUAGGCAGAUGUAGCAAAUGACCCAGGAAACAAGUUGUGAUGCAGUGCCUGUCUGGCAUCUGUAUUUGUGCAAAACAAUGUAAUUUACAGGAGCAGCCAUCAGCAGAGCUCAGUCCAGAGUUCUCCAACUGACUCAGUGGAAAUAAAUCUGCAAUAAAUUACAUGCCACAGUAGUAGAAGGAGUGUGUCAGAAUAGGUGCUCAAAAUGUUAUUUUGUGGAUUUCUGCCAGCUGCUUAAAGUCAGCAAAAAUGUUUCUGUUUAUUUCAGGGGGAGUUUUAUCAGCCCAAAAUGCAUCAUAAAAGAAGGUGGGGACUUGUGAGAAUUUGGAUAAUUCUCUGUUCAAAAGACGUCUCUGCCAAUCAUGCAAGCUGGAGUGGGUGGGCAGUCUUAUUUUUAAGUUACUGCAUAAAUUUUUCAUAGCAUCUUCAUCACGGUUGAUGCAUUUCCGUCCAUUAUGUAGGGUAAGAAGUUAUAAAUGAUGCUGUUACUGCAGCUUUGUCCGUGAUUCAGCCUGACAGGUCCAGCUGUGAGCACCAGCACCCCUUGGAGAGCUAACCGAUCAUCUUCAGAAAGCAGAAGUUUAAUCUAAAAUAAACAGACUUUGCCCUAAAAUUAACUGAAACUUAAGAAAUUUGUAACAAAAUCCCCCCAAAAUGCAGAAAGUCAGUUUACAUAGGAAAUUUCCUUUUCCCUCUUCAAUGAUUUCUGCCUUACCCUGGCAGUACUUGUCCUUGAAAGAUGAGGAAGUGCUUUUAGCCAAUGUAAGGUCACAUAAACAGGCCUGAAAUCCUCUGUCAGUAGGCUAGCCGCUGUUGUAUUCUACCCUGAAAUUAGUGCCAGCAUGUCAGUUUUGAAACACGACGAAUUGCCCCAUGCUGCUGCAGCAGCAGAACAAACAGCUCUGCUCCCUGCUGCCAGUCUUCCUUUCCAGCCAUCGCUUUGCCUUUGCUUGUCAGUGUGGCUGCAACCAGAUCUGAAGUUUGAACAUAGCCAGGACCUUGUUUUCCAUGCACGUGCGAUCAGUUUGUUGUUCUGAACUGGACAGACUACAGCUGUAAACAGGACCUUGGAAUGGGAGCUGCUGUAUUUAUGAGAUGCCAGUUUGUCAGAGAAAAUCCUAACCAGUGGUGCUCCCAUGACAAGCAGUGAGAGGGGAAACUCUUGAGGUGCAUAUGCAUUCUGCACCUAGCAGCCAGGCAGCAAAUUUCUUCCUCUUCUCAUCUGACCAUCUUCCUUAAAGGAAAAAACAAACCAACCAACCCACCCACGCAACUGUAUUUGACCAACAGAAGCCAGUUGAUAUUAUUUUGGGGGGGGUAUCAGCUUUUGAUACUGUUUCCUCACAGUAUUGUUCUGGACAAAUUGCUAAGCAAACACAGAAAGUGAUGUGUGAGUCAUUGGCUCAUGGGCUGAUCCCAAAGCAUUGUAGUUAGCAGGGUUCCAUCAAGCUGUAGGCUGGUCACUAGCAGGGCUCUCCAGUGCUCCAUUUUAGGGCCAGUUCUCCUUAAUUUCAUGAAGGACUUGGAUGUAGGGCUGGAAGGUGUUCUGAGCAAGUCUGCUGAUGGUACUAAAUGGAGAAAAGCUAUUGGCUCCAUCAAGGGUGAAGGCCUUGCAGAGAUCCAGACUUGGAACACUGCAGAACAAAAAGGACAUACAACCACUAGAUGGUGUCCAGAAAAAGGCUGCAAAGAUGGGGAGGGGUCUGAAAGAGGAGGUGUCUGUGGAGCACUUGGGUUGCUAGGCCUGGAGCAGAGGAGCUGAGGGGAGGCGUCAUGGCGGCUGCAGCUCCUCACAGGGAACAGCACUGGGCUCUGCUCUCCUGAGACAGCAUGGAACUACCUCCGGGUAGAGGGCCAGGUUAAUGAGGAAGAGUUUCUUUGCUGAAAUGGUAGCUGGGCACUGGAAGUGGAUCCCAGGACACUUGAUGGUCAUGGCACCAAGCUGCCAGAGCUCAAGAAGCACCUGGACAGCACUCUCAGACACAGGGUCUGAUUGUUGGGUGCUGCUGCGGGGAGCCAGGUGUUGGACUCCAUCAUCCUUGUGAGACCCUUCCAACUCAGGGUAUUCUUGAUUCGAUGAAGUAAGAUCAGAUGAAUAUUUGCUUUUUUUGAUAGCUGUGCUCUAAUCUACCAUGGCUUAGGUAUCCUGCUUUUCCUCCUUUUCUAAUCAUGAAGGAAGCAAAAUCACUUCUGAUGUGUUCUUAGCAAGUCCAGGCAAAAUAUUCACAGGUAGGCCAGUAGUCACAUACAGAAAGAAGCACUGAACUCACCCAACUGCUGAAGGGGCUCUCUGGCAGUACAGCACUCCUCCUCAGGAAGCAACCCAGCUCUAAGAGAUGCCUACCAUCCAUGGUUGGCCCUUAUGUGAGCCCAGGGGGUUCCACCCUGGGUGCAGCCCUUCUGGUCACCUGGGGAGCACAGAUGCAUGCAAUUUGCCUGUGCUCCCUGGGCAGCUGCACCCCUCCACCAGGUGCUCCAUCACCAGUUCAAGCCAUGACCUGGCAGUUCCCCUACAGCUCUCCCAGCAUCCCCCAGCCCUUGCCAGCAUGUGGCAGCUGUGUGAGGUAGAAAAUUACAGUCUUCUGGUACAUUUUUUCUUCAUUCCAUUAAAAUGUUUACCAACACCUUCCUUGGACACCUCAAAUAGAAGCUGGGAAAUGCUUUUUCAGUAGUGUCUUACCGUUGCUUGCCCAUGGAAGGGAUGUGAAGGCUGCACAGAAGUGGCCCAAAUAUAUCAAUAAAUACAGCACCGCGGUUUCAGACAAGGGGAUAUUGAUCGCAUCUAGGCUACAUUCCAGCUUCCGUGAGCUGGAUUCUGUGGGACACCAUUCCAGUUAGCAGCGUGCUAAUCAGUUGAUUGUGUUGCUUUGCAAGGCAGCAGCAUGCUUAACGCUUACUGAUGUGCAGGAAGGCUUUCUGCAGACAGCACACCACGGGAAGCUGCGGGCAGCUGCUGUUAGCUGGGCUGUAGGGCAGAGUCAUCGCAGAGAAGCUGUGCUGGGCAAGGAUUGAAAAAUGCGACAAAACCCACAUCCCUCAGCAACUGCCAGUGCAGAAAUAGCUGUGCUGCUGCUCCAGAGCGCUCUGCAGGAGUAAGAGCUCUGCUCUGCCUGUGGUUGAAGUGCGCAGGCAUUUGAUGGUAGCACUAAACUUCUCCAGGACACGGCAAGCUUAGGCUGGGGUAUGUUACUAGAUGUUAAGUGGGGUGAGUGGCUGUGCGUUUCCUAACUGCCAUUCAGCCACACUCACAUAGGAGGAAUAAUACAUAGCAUUUUUAUUUUCACUGAGCUUUUCCAGCAGCUCCGACAAUGUUUGUUCCAGCUCCUAGGAGAAGACUGCUUGAUGAGGUAUUCAAGUGAAGCUGGUCAGAUCUAUUCACCAAAUGUUUUCUUCCCAUGCCCACUUACUGCAGCAUUCUCGCUGCUUCCUGAGGCUGCCUGGUGGCUGUUCUCUCCUGCUGCACAACCAGGGUGUUCUUCCUUUUCAGUGUGCCUGGUGCUCCUUCCCCUGGUCCUGCUCUCUGCAUCUGCCAGCUUCACGUUGUGCCUCUCUCACGCUCCAAUGCUCCCCAGUGCUUUCCUUGGACAGUGGAGGUUGGGAAGUCCCAGCUGGGGAGUGCAGCCUGCUUUCUUACAGGCUGUUUUCCGUGCAGUACACCAGGCAAAGCAGGGGUGGAAGAGCCUUCUCCUGUGCUUGAUGUUUCCCCUGGUGACGUACCAGGGCUUGGCUGGCAAAGCAUAGCAUGUGUCUGGGCCCUGGCUCGUUGGGGCUGGCAAAGCAGCUGAACACCCCAGAGGCUGCUCCAGCCAAGAGGAGGGAUGUCUUAGCCCAUCCCACGGCCAGUGCCAUGCUGGCUGAGAAUUUAUUGCAGUCAGUGCCUGUGAAGGACACCCAAGCUGAGGAGAGGGGCAGUGAGCCCUUCCUCCUGUUUCUGAUCCAGGCCGUGCUCAGUGCUCUGAGCUGAAGCAAUCGUUGCUUUCAUUUGCAGAAGGAAUGGGCAAUUUGAAGGAGAAAGGCUGCACCUGCCUCUGAGCCUGGACCAGAAAAACAUGUGGCAGAAAGCUGCAGCUCCUGAGCACAGCACAGCCAGAUCCAUUCCUGUGGUACCUUUCUGCUCCUUACCUGGAGAGCUUCAAGCAUCAAAAAAGUCCUUCAUCACUUUGAUGCCUUUUCUGCCUUUGCAAAGCGAUAUUUGCAGUAUCCUAACUCCUGCAUCAAAACACUUCCGAGUCCCACUACUCGCAAGUCUUCUGGAAAUUUGUGCUUUCAUAGUGCAUGAACCCCCUGGGGAGACAUGAAUUUUUCAGGGCCUUCAUGCAAAUAAAACACAGCAUUUUCCAGUCCUUGGCAUAGCCUCAGGUUUCUCAGUUUUUCCUAACAAAGUACUGAUUUUCUGCUCUCGCAUUUAUUUCUUUUAGUAGAGAUUUUCAGCUGUGCUCUUCAGUUCACACUUGGUUCAGCUCCGCAUAGACAACAUAAUCCUAUUUUUCUUAUUACUUAACUAGAUAAUCAAAAUGUCAAAGGCAUUUCUAUGGCAUGGGGAUUCCCUUAUUUUCUGUCUUAAAAUUCCAGAUGCAGUCGUUUUAAUUCACUUUUAUAAUACAGAAAAAUACAGCUUAGCCGUCAGAAAAAAAAAAGAACAUGGAACUGCACUCAGGGAGACUCACUGUUAAACAGAAUAACAAUAAUACAAAUGCAGAUCAUUGUGCAAAAGAUGUAUGGUAGAAUUGCUCUGUAUUUGGUGUUAGAAAAAGAAAGGCUUCUUCAGUUUUCUUUCCCCGAGAAAGGGACACAGACAGAACUGCUGUCUGUCCCACUUCUCAGCCAUGCAGUUGCACCCCCGGCAUCAAUUUUCCAGCUCUAGAAGUCCUACAGAUGUCUUAGAAGCAAGGACAGGGAGAGAAGCGAGACUGGGCUGAGAGAAGUCACGGUUACCUGCAGUGUUAAGCAUCAGAGAGCCUGUAACAGGAGAGAGCUAACCAACACCUUGAGGCCAUUGAAAACAGAGCAGCUGCUGGCUGAAGGAACUGCUGGCUAUUACCGGCUGCCAGAGGCGAGCAUCAUCUUACCAGCUUCUUUCUAACUCUAAAGAUAAGUCCUUAAAUGCUGUUUUUUGUCUUCCCGACAGGUAAAUAUGUCUACCAGCCCAUGACGCCUGUAGAGCAGCUUCCCAGCACCGAAAUACCUGUGCGCCCUCGGGAGUCUCCGAACACAAUCCAGAUCUCCGUCUCGCUCACCGAACACUUCCUCAAGUUCGCUCCCGUCUUCCAGCCCCCGCUGCCCCCCGACUCCCCGCAGUUCUGCACAAUCGCAGACCUCUUCAUUGACAAUUACCGCGUGAAAUGCAUUAAUGGGAAGAUGUGCUAUGUGCAGAGGCAGCCUCCCCCCAUGCCCCACAAGACAAAGCCCGAGGAAGUCUCUGUUCGCAAUGCCUUAAUCACAAAAGAGAGCAAUACACCAAAAACAGAUCACUGCUCGUCCCCUUCCAGCUCUGAGGACUCCGGGAUCAAUGCGGUGGGGGUUCACUACAUGGAGUCGUGCGAUGAGGACACGGAGGGGGUGGCCGAGCUAAGUUCAGAAGAAGACUACAGCCCAGAUAGCAGCUGGGAACCAGAUGAGUGCCCGCUCUUGUCACCCUCGCAGUGUGAAAUGGAAGUGAUUGAGACUAUAGAAACCACCGUGUGAUCCGACGGGUUGGUGACAGAUCAGUCCAGUUCCCACUCAGUAACGUUGCUUUUGUAGUCUUUAUAUUUUCUGUUUUUUUCUGACAAUCCCUUUUUUCCAGUGCACUUGAUAUUUCAGAUUCCUCACGGGAGCGUGGCCACGGGACUUGCAUCUUGGUGAAAUAGCAGCAGCCUGAGCAAUUUUAACGUGUUCUCUGCCUGAUCAGAUCUCCCACGUCUGCACAUAAGGUAGUGAUAAGACUUUUAUAGCUGAAAAAAGGCCUUUUUCUUGGUCUGGGUUACAUCAUAUGCUACUUCUCAUACGAGGAUGUGCCACUCAGCAUGUUUUCAGCAGUCGGGAUGUUUGCUGGGGGCCUUCAAAGCACAGAGGGUGAGCUGGUGCAGCACGCCUGUAAGCAGCAAAACCAAGUUGUCCUUAUUUCUUAUAAAGAACUAUGCGAAGCGCAGCGACAAGAGGCUUUUUCUGUCUCUGGCCUUCCGCGUGGUCCAUGCUUUUUUCUAGUGCUGAUGUGACCCUUCUCGAAUGCUGUUGGUACCACUCUUCCAGUGGGUUGGUAUGGCAGGCAAGAGAAUGCACAAAGUGCCUCCAACUUCUCCAGGCUAUGCACCGAGCAUCUGCUGAGUUAGGUCCGGCUCUGAAAUCUCCUGGAAGGGCAGCUGUUGCUCCUGAGGGUCAUCUGUUGCCCGGGUCCAGCCGCUCCUUUCUCUGCGUGGAUCUUUGGAAGGGGAUCUGGCUUUUGCAGCUCAGCAGAAGGGGGAGCAGGCAGGGAGGAAGCGCAGCAGUACCAAUACCAUUCCAGACUGGGGUGUAAAGUGAAGGCGAAGGGCAGUGACUACCUCCAAACAUGCAAAAUCCACCCCUAGCUUUGCCCGCUGCUUCCUCCCGCGCCGCGCUGGUUGUGCCAGAUACGUGCACUCAGGACCAAACGGCCUCAGGGCCCGCAUUUGCCUGAAGAAAAACAAAGAUUAAAAACAAAACAUUUGAGCCACACCACUGUGCUGGCAGAGCUCGGGGACGGCGUGGAGGUGCCCGUGGGAGGAAGCCCGUGCACUUGGCGGUGCUGGUCACAGUACCGCCUGGGGUCAUCCUAGCUGGGCGAGGAGGCUUCGGCUCACUCAGUUCAAGAGCAGGUUUUCAAUAGAGCUCUCCUCAAGCAGCUGAGGAGAAAGAGCCGUUCUGCCGGAGGGCUGGUUUCAGCCCCCUGGAUGAAACACAAACGUCUUUCUCAGAAGAUUUCAGUCAGCUUGAGUCAGUUGGAGUCAGUAAUGACUGUUUUUCAGCAGCGUUACUGAAUUGCUUUGUGUAUUUGCUGUUUACGUUUCACAAGUCACUGGUGAACAUAAGGCUGUAUAAACGUGUACAGUUUAGUGAUUGAUACUAGAUAUAGUCGGUGUUAUAGGGUGGCUCAUCUCUCACUGUAUCCUGACAAUGUAUUACUAAUUUUAUACACUUUGUAAUCAGUAUCUUUAGAAAGCGUUUAGGCAACAGUGUGUGUCUGUGCACAUGCGCGUGUGCUAGGAGUUCACCAUAAAUGGUUAUAAAGUAAUACUGUACUUUUUAGACUAACACUUUCAGACAAAAAUAAUAGGUUUUAUAGUUUUGAUGACUUCUAUAAAAAGUGCAAUGCUUGUUAAACGAGGAACUUGGGCCAUUGCAUGGACAGAUGCGUUCUCACAAGGCACUUACAAAGCAUUCUGUUUUUCUGAGGGCAUUUAAGCAAAGGCUGUAGUAGAACUAAGUAGGUUUUAUUUAUUUUUUAAGGGCAGGGUUGUCCUUUCUGGCUAACUAAGGUUUCUAAUAAUGUUUUAGCGUCCUUUGACCACCGAGGCACAUUUCAUAAGGUAGAAGAAAGCAUUAUAUAUAAACCUACUGCAUUUAUUCAUAUUUAAUCUCUCACUUGUAAUCCGAGCGGAGAGCUGCAGAUGCUCAUUCUGGUGUCUGAUCUUCCUGCCCAGGGGAGGUUCUUCCUGGAGCCACAUCCCAGCAACAGCAAGGCUGUUUCUGAGGCCAGGAGCUCCUUGCCCACUGUAGGCACCAAGCACAGGCAGGGGCUCCAGGACCCUUGGUACUGAGCAGAGCACGCCUCGCUCUGCGGGCAGGAGGGCACCUGUUGCGUGUGCAAGGAAAUGGAGUUGGCCAUUGAUGACCAAGACUUCCCAUAAGAUCCUGUGGUCUUGCAGUUUCAUAUCACUGCCGUCAGGAUACAUUAACUGUAAGUAAUUAGCAAUAUUCACAAGCUGUGAGUGUCUCCUACCCAGGAUUUGUUCAGAUGUCAAGCACAAUAAGCUGCCUCUUCCUUCUGUGGUGAAACAUGAGAGGAGCAGCCUGGUGUGGGACAGGGCUAGUUGUGGAGGUGUUCCAGCAGCCAGCAUGGUGGCAGGGUUCUCACUGUGCUCCAUCACACCCCAGUUCAGAAACACGCUCCACAGAAACGCGGUUUCUUUUGUUUGCACAAACACUGCGCAGUCGUGUUGUAAGAGAUGCCCUGAGCCAGUAGCUCCACUCUGCCAGGGAGAGGCGUGUAUAUUUCUUCUUUAAUAAAAUACUCAACAACUGAA